UAUGUAUGUAAACAAUAAAUGGCGUCUUCUCUUCCACUGAAACAAACGGAAUGACGAAGUUACGCUUCACCGCACGCACUGGGUUUCCAGACUGGAGUGAAAAAAUCAAUCCCGACCUAUAUCUGUCUAAGUUUAUGAUAAGUGUAGAUUUAAUCUGGGACUGGGGUGUGUUAUCGUGGUCGAGGUGUGUUCACGGUAAAACGAAUCUCGAAGUCUCACACUUACACACAACAUGGCGGGAACGCAUUGUAGCGACGAUUAUGUAAACCGUUGCAAAUCGUCUUACGCUUAUACAGAUAAUACGCUAAUCCCCGUGACAAAAGACAAUACGGUUCAAGAUUUUGGCAAUUGUGUGACGAUUGGUGCUGAGAAGGGAACUUGUGGGGCCGCAGAGAAUGAACCUGUAAGACCUGACGGGGUCGAGGUGAAAGUGAAAGGACGGAAUGUGACCGCACAGCCACUGACCGAGACUGAGAGUGAAUGUGUGACAGCAGACCCAGACACCAACUUUCAUGAUUGUUGUGGUAGUGAAACCUGUAUGGGCAUUGGGAGUGAUUUGGACUUUCCGCCGGACUGUUCUUUAAACUCCGAUUUUAAUAGCAACACCAAUUUGAAAAGUGAUCCGUCAAACUCGGCGACUUCUGUAGACCCCGAGUCGAUGAAACUUACGAAUGCUUUUGAGGUUGAAAUCGGAGGUGUCAAUGAACAAACCGAAAUGCCAAAGAAAGCCAAGAAUAGCCUACAGGAAGCGUUCCUGCAUUUUCGCAAGAAGAGACAGG